UUCUAAUGCAAAUACGACACGGACCACCGAGAACAAAACAAGUCGGCGAAGACCGUUAUCGGUACACAGUCAGCAAAGCCACGCACGGCCAUAGCUUCUCUCUCAGUUGGGACUCGCCGGAACCCUAAUUUGUCGAAUCAGAGUUCGAAAUGGGGAAGAAACAGCACAGCAAGGAUCGUAUGUUCAUCACGAAGACGGAGUGGGCCACCGAGUGGGGCGGCGCCAAAUCCAAAGAACUCCGCACCCCCUUCAAACGCCUCCCCUUCUACUGCUGCGCUCUUACGUUUACACCAUUUGAAGACCCAGCGUGUACAGAAGAUGGUAGCGUCUUUGAAAUAAUGCACAUAGUCCCGUACAUCAGGAAGUUUGGGAAGCAUCCUGUUACCGGAGCUCCACUGAAGCAGGAGGAUCUCAUCCCACUUAUUUUUCAUAAGAAUUCCGAAAGUGAGUUUCAUUGCCCAGUGUUGAACAAAGUUUUUACUGAAUUUACACAUAUAGUUGCAGUUAAGACUACAGGAAAUGUUUUCUGCUAUGAGGCAAUUAAAGAAUUAAACCUUAAAACCAAGAACUGGAAGGAGCUUCUUACUGACGAACCAUUCACCAGAGGAGACCUUAUAACAAUUCAGAAUCCCAAUGCACUUGACAGCAAAGUUCUUCUGGAUUUUGAUCAUGUUAAGAAUAGUUUGAAGCUUGAUGAUGAAGAACUAAAAAAGAUGAGCUCAGAUCCAACCUAUAAUAUAAAUGUAUCUGGGGAUAUUAGACAGAUGCUGGAAGAACUUGGAACUGAGAAAGGAAAAGAAAUUGCAUUACAUGGAGGAGGUGGAAACAAGGCACAAAAUGAAAGGGCUGCUGCACUUACUGCCAUAUUAGCUGCAAGAUCACGUAUUAAAGAAGAUUCUGAUUCAAAUACAAAUGGAGAGGUUAACACUAAACAGUCUUAUAGUAUUGUAGAUGCUGCAUCUGCUUCAGUACAUGGAAGAAGUGCUGCAGCUGCCAAGGCUGCAACUAGUGAUAAAACUGCUGCUCGGAUAGCCAUGCAUAUGGCUGGUGAGAGGACCCCAGUGAAUGCAAAGAUGGUAAAGAGCCGUUAUACCACUGGUGCUGCUUCACGGUCCUUCACUUCUACAUCUUAUGAUCCUGUCACGAAAAAUGAAUUUGAAUAUAUUAAAGUUGAGAAAAACCCAAAGAAGAAAGGCUAUGUUCAGCUACAUACUACACAUGGUGAUUUGAACAUUGAGCUGCACUGUGAUAUAACUCCCAGGACAUGUGAGAACUUCAUCACUCUCUGUGAACGCGGCUAUUAUAAUGGUGUAGCUUUUCAUAGAAACAUACGGAAUUUUAUGAUCCAAGGUGGCGAUCCUACUGGCACUGGGAGAGGAGGCGAGUCAAUAUGGGGAAAGCCUUUCAAAGAUGAAGUAAACUCAAAGUUGCUUCACUCUGGAAGGGGUGUUGUUAGCAUGGCAAACAGUGGUCCCCACACAAAUGGUUCACAAUUUUUCAUCAUGUACAAGUCUGCAGCUCAUUUGAACUUCAAGCAUACAGUUUUUGGUGGAGUUGUAGGUGGGUUGACUACCCUUUCAGCAAUGGAAAAGGUUCCUGUUGAUGACAAUGACCGUCCUUCGGAAGAGAUUAAGAUAAUAAGUGUAACAGUAUUUGUUAAUCCAUACUCUGAACCUGAUGAAGAAGAAGAGAGAGAGAAAGCCAAAGAUGACAAGAAUGCUGAGGAUGAAGAAAAUGAUAAGGUUGGGUCAUGGUACAGCAAUCCAGGUACAGGAACGAUGGAAUCUGGAUCUGCAGGCGGUGGUGUUGGGAAGUACUUGAAAGCAAGGAAUGCGAAGGCUGGAUCUGCUGCUGCAGCUGACACUGAUCUGCAGGCCAUCGUCAUAUCAAAGAAAAGGAAAGUAGGUGGUUCAGUGGGAGGAUUUAAAGAUUUUUCUUCCUGGUGAGGUUUUCCAAUGUCUAUUACAAUACAUUCGGGCAUAAAGAUGCUAUGAGGAGUGGUAGGCCAACAGCGCAACAUACCUCAUCCGAGGGAGAUGUGAUCUAACAUAAGACAGGUGAAACGUAUUCAUCCAACUGGUUGGGCAAGUGAUGUGAAUCAUGCUGUAUUGGAUUUUAAGGUGUGUACAAAGUCCUAGUGGUUUUUUCAUAAGAAAAUUAUACCUGAAGAUACCAUUGUAUUCAAAGGACAUAAAAUGAGGAGUUGAAAUGUGGGAUCAAAGGUAAAUGAAUUCUUCACUUCUUAGAUAAAACAAAACAAGAUAGUAGGAUUAUACGUUAUGAAAGGAAGUUUGACAUGAUUGUCGGUGCUAAACUCAACUGUUGUACCACACUCCGUUGCCCUUGAAUAGUCCUACCAAAGAGUCUUUUUAGAUGCACGGUGUCUAAUUUUCCAAUGAAAUUUUGUUUUAGAUGUAUCGUU